UAAACGAAACAAAUAGGAAGUGGCAAUAGAGGAAAGGAAAUGAAGUAAAAAGACAUGCCUCUCCCUGCCCAUGCCCAACGCCCUUCUGCAAGCCUCACACUGAAGUUCUCCUGCAGACACUCAUCCAUAACUCAAAAAACAGCUGUCUAGUCAUAUUGCCAGCAUUCCUAGAUGAUGACAUGCCUCCCCUGCACCAAAUCCUUGCAUAACGAGACAGACAGAGGUGACAGCCAUGCCCAGGACCAAGGGACACGAACAACAAGUGUUACAUCACGUCUUGCUUCAUCCUCGCCCGCUGGACCUCGUGGCUCACCAUUAUCAGAAAUAUCUCUUGACCCAGACCCUGAAACACAGCAAGGGAGGAAGGAACAGCAAGCACACGGCACCAUUUGGCAUUCCUCUUCGUUAGCUGUGAGUGACAUGGUCAGCACCAUGUCACCGACGGCGAUGGCCACACGCCGCAGCUCACGGAGGGUCCUGCAGCCUCGGAACAGAAGGAUGUUGUCUUCUUCGCCGGAAAGUCCGCCUGCAAGGAAAAGAAUGCGAGUAAAGGAGAUCAAGAAGAAAGUGAAGGUCGAGAAGAAAGAAGAGUCCUCUGAUGAGACAUAUUCCCCACAUGAGAGACCAUCUGUAAGAAAGAAUAUGCAAGGAAAAAGGAUAAAGAAGGAAGUGAAGGAGGAGGAAGAAGAGAAUGCCCAUGAUGAGAACACCUCCAUGCCUCCCGUUAUCCUCUCGGAGUUUGAACGGAAGAUCCAAGAGAGGAUAGCAGAGCGGAACAGACUGAUGGCGAGCCUCGGCAUCCUGAAGGUGAAGGAGGAACUCAACGCCAGCGUGGCCGAGGCGCGGAAGAAGAAAGCCGUCUACAGGGGGAUCGUGAGGGAGCAAAAGAGCCAGGAGCCUGUGGUGAUCCGCCGUAGCUUACGUCAGCAGCAGCUCACCCCAGACGGCCUCAACCUGACCCUGCCCAGUGAUGAGCAGGUGGCACGCGCUGAAAAGAGAGCCGCCUCACCUGUUGACGACCACUCCCGCCCCCAGCCAGGUCCCGCCCCACUGAUGGACUUCUACAAGGCAUCAAACAGAGAGGAGUGUGAGGCCAUGCUGCAAGACCUGGCCACUGUGUCCUCCUCCUCCUCCUCGGGCAUGGUUGAGGUUUGGGGCGGCUCCACAGACGAAGUGGUGAACAGGCUGAAGCAGUUGAGCUUGGUGGAGGAGCGCGUGGUGAAGGUUGUUCCUGACCGCAUCUUCUCCGCCUGCUUCCACCCGACCGUGGAGAAGAUGGUGGUGAUGGUGGGCGGGAAGUGGGGCGGCCUGGGUAUAUGGGAAGUUGGGCGGGAGGACGAAAGCAAUGGGGCGUACUGUUUCCAGCCACACGCACGUCCCAUCAACUGCAUGUCUGUCAGUCCUGGCGACCCCUGCCUCGUACACACCACCAGCUACGACGGGUCCCUGCGGCAGACUGACCUCCAUGCUGCCCAGGUCAAGGAGCUGUACGGACUUGACGACGACCAGCGGAAUAGUUUUCUUUGUUGGCACGCACAGCAGGAUGCCCACACCUUCCUGCUGGCCGCUAGUCUGGGCAGAGUCAUGCAGGUGUGUGUGUGUGUUGAUGCAAGGUGUGAUGGCAGACUGGCUAAAGAACUCUUGGUGCAUGACUGGAAGAAUGUGAAGGUGGUCACUGCGCACCCUCACCACACACACUACUAUGCAACCGGCGGCAGUGACGGGCUGGUGUGUCUCUGGGAUGUCCGCAGUCACAAGAAAAACAAGCCCAUUGAUUCUGUGGUGCACGGACGAAAUGUUACUGGCCUGGAGUUCUCCUCUUCGGGUGAAGUUCUGGUGUCCACCUCGCAUGACGAUUACCUGCGCUUCAUUACCUGUGACGGGACGGCCCUCGAAGUGGAGAGGAAGAUCAAGCACAACAACCACACGGGACGCUGGCUGACCACCUUCAAGGCUCGUUUUGUGCCCUCAAGCGACGACCUAGUGUGUGUGGGCUCCAUGAUGUGGCCACGCAGGGUUGAGGUGUGGGGGCGCGACGGCAGCCUGAAGCACGAGCUGGCCUUUGAAGCCCUGGGCUCCGUCAACAGCAUCCUGGCCUUCCACCCCCAGCAGCACGCCCUGGCCGGAUGCAACUCAUCAGGGAGGGUGUACGUGUAUAUGUGAGGUAACGCACACACACACGUGCACACACACACACACAUUUGCACACAUAUAUUUUUGCCCAUUCCAUGCCAAAAAAAAACUACAAAUAAGUAAGAAUACACCCACACACACACACAUUAUUAUCGUGCUAGGAAUCUCAAGUAUUAUGUGUACGCCAUUCCAGUUUAGUUUUAUCUUUUUUUUUUUUUUUUUUUUUUUUUUUUCCCUAAUGACUAGGUAUUUUUAAAACUAUUAUCUUAAGUAAUCUGGGUCACAGUGAUUUAUUUUUCGUAUAUACAAUUUUUUUUACAGAAUAUACUUGUGUGAAGGUCAAUUUUUAACCCAGUAGCUUCAGGGAUCAUGAUUCUUAAAGGCCCCUCUAAGCGAGAAAAAUGAGAAAAAAUCAUCACUCGUGCAAAUCAUUUCAUAAUAAAUAUCAACGCAUUUGUGAUCACUUUAUGCAUCAUCUAUUUUUGGGGGGUUUAUAUCAUGGCAAAAAUUUGGCCCAUCGCUGGUACACGGUAAAGCCACAAAUAUGGCCCAUCGCUGCUACCAGGUUAAGUGUGAGGAUGGCCGCAUGCUAUUCCCUAAUGAAAGAGACUAUGCAGCAAUUACUACUGCUUUUACUACUUAAGGGUCAGGUGGUUCUGUAGGUAUGGUGCUUGGCUUGUGACGGAAAGCUUAAUUUUAAUACAAGUUAAGAAUCCCUUAUCCAAAAAUGUUGCAGAUUUCAGAUUUUUGCUGAUUUUGGAAUAUUUUAUCUAUCAGGAGGCCCUUUUGACAUUUUCAGCAAUAUUUUUACACCACAGAGCAUACAACACACGGUAAUCACAAUGAGUAACGAGCGAAGAUGUUACUGUGGCGACUUUUGACUACAAAUUAACACAUAGCAGCACAUCAGGGUUGCUAGGUCCUGGACUGUGUUCCCGCGCAAUCCCAUCCCAAAAGCCGCCCAAAACCUGCGACCUCGGUCUCAAAAAACUUUCGGAUUUUGGAAUUUCGAAAAAAGGAUUCUCAACCUGUACCGGCUCAUGGCAGCUCCUUGAUGAGAAGCAGCGCUCUUUGUAACCUUGACAGAGAUACAUGGUCAUGGUUACCUAGCUAAGGGUCAUUCCUAAACUCUUUUAAUAGUUCCUCUAUUACUACUACUACUACUACUACUACUGUUACCCCCCAUCUGCCUCUACCAUUGUUAUUACCUUGGCAGCUGUACCUGAAGGCAUUGUCAUUGUUACCUCAGCACAGGUUAAGAAUAGUUUAAGCAGGCAUGAAAUGCCUAACCAUGUUCAAAUAAUUCUCUCGUAAUAAAAUUUAAGAGACGAAAA